CACUCAUAUUUUUGCAAGAACAAACCUUCAAAUAGUAGAGCUCCUUUUUAUCACAAAAGAAUUAAGCAAACCGUUAAUAUAUUGCUUUCACGCCCCCCUCUUUCUCUCACUUCGGUUGUUUAUGCAUAGUGAAGAAGAACGACCCCCUGGGUAAAGCCGUAAAGAGGUGACAGGAACACCUCUAUUUAUGCUUGCUCACCAAACACUAACUUCUCAUCCUUCACGCCAAAACUCCUUCUCUGCCCUGCAAAGAGCCUCUCUCUCUCUUCCCCUGCGUUACCCCAUCGUUCCUAAUUCGGCCUUACCCCCAUUUCCCAUUUUAGCAUAAGCUCACACUCCUUUUCGUCUGCCUGUCUUUGCAACUCUUCUUCUGCUGUUUCUCUACUUCCCAUCUCAGGUCAUUUUACGUACCCGAACUCUCUUUGCUCUUUUCUCCCAUAUAUGUAAACUCCGCUUCUUCUGGUCUUCUAAGUGUUUGUGUUUUUGCGUCAAAGAGGGUGUUCUCUUCUGAAUAAUGUAAUCUCGAUUAAAGUUGCUCUCUUUUGUUUCUUUUCUCUCCUGGGUUAAUGCCCACUUGCUUCAUAGUGCUUUGAAUCCGCUUGUCCUGCUGAUUUCAAAUCAUGGGCUGUCGUUAAAUCUUCCCGGUUUAGCCCCCCUCUACAAAUUGUGGCUUCUUUUUGGUUCAUGCCCAUUUGGUGUAAAUAGUUCAGAAAGUCUGCAAAAUGCUGGUUCUGAUUAUGGUGGUUCGUUAAGUUUGGCUGUUCUGUUGUCUUCCUAAGCUUCAUUACUUUUGAAGUUUAACAAAAGGCCUUUUUAGUUGUUUGAAAUUCUGACAUGUAAAUCCUUAAUCUCUCAAAGCUGCUUUGUUCUUCAGUCUUUGAUAGACGGAAAGUCUUUCCUAAUGGUGAAGUGAAAAAAAUUAGGUGCUCAAUGGAUCUCAAUCUCAUUGAAGUCAACCGCUAGUAACAGACAGAGCAAAUGGAGAACAUCUGUUCUUUCCGUUAGUUCAGACUGUUCUGUCUUAUCAUGGUUUCAGUGCGCUAAAAUCUUCUUGCUUUUUUCCUUGUUUAACUGAAAGUGAUUUGAUCACUGCUAAUCGAUUCUUUUGUUCUUCACAGUGGACAUACUUUUAAACAUUCAUUUCUUUAUAUACGCAUAUCAACUGUAAGAUCUUCUAGAAUUUUAAACUAUACACAUACAGGAUUCCACACAAAUAAUCAUGGGUCGUUUUUAUGAUUACCUCCCUCUUAAGACCCUGACCUUCGUUCUUGUUGUCCUUUCGCCCAUGGCUUCAUGUUGAUCUUCUUCUUUAUGCAAAUUUAGUUUCUUUAUUGGCCUCUCGAGUCCUAGUCUUGGUUGAGUCUGGUUCAUCUUUGUUGGGCAUAGAGAUCGUGGGGACAAAAAGGCAUUGCAUAUUUCCUUGUGAUCAAACCUUGAGUUUCAAUGGAGGAGACAUUUGUUCCAUUCCGUGGUAUAAAAAAUGACCUCAAUGGAAGGCUUUUGUGCUACAAACAAGAUUGGAUGGGCGGUCUCCGUGCUGGUAUAAGGAUCCUCGCUCCAACAACUUACAUUUUCUUCGCUUCAGCGAUACCGGUCAUAUCUUUUGGAGAGCAGCUUGAAAGAAAUACAGAAGGAGCUUUGACUGCAGUGCAAACUUUGGCAUCAACAGCACUUUGUGGCUUAAUUCACUCAAUCAUCGGGGGACAGCCAUUGCUCAUACUUGGAGUAGCUGAGCCAACAGUUUUAAUGUACACAUUCAUGUUCAACUUUGCUAAGGACCGGAAGGAUUUGGGGCCAAACCUUUUCUUAGCCUGGACAGGAUGGGUCUGCAUGUGGACUGCUCUCCUGCUUUUCUUGUUGGCGGUAUUGGGCGCUUGUUCUAUAAUCAACAGAUUUACUAGGGUUGCUGGUGAAUUAUUUGGUCUACUUAUUGCAAUGCUCUUUAUGCAGCAGGCCAUAAGAGGAGUUGUUGAAGAGUUUGGCUUACCUGAGAGAGAAAACCCUCGUGAAACUGCACUGCAGCCUGCUUGGCGUUUUGGGAAUGGAAUGUUUGCUUUGGUCCUAUCUUUUGGUCUUCUUCUGACUGCACUAAAGAGUCGUAAAGCCAGGUCAUGGCGCUAUGGAACAGGCUGGUUGAGAGGACUUAUUGCAGAUUAUGGAGUUCCAAUCUUGGUUGUUGUAUGGACUGGCCUAUCUUACAUACCAGUUAGAGAUGUUCCAGUAGGAAUCCCUAGGCGUCUCUUCAGUCCAAAUCCAUGGUCUCCUGGUGCAUAUUCUAAUUGGACAGUUAUCAAGGAAAUGAUGCAUGUGCCACCCUUGUAUAUCGUUGGAGCUUUCAUUCCUGCAACCAUGAUUGCAGUGCUGUACUACUUUGAUCACAGUGUUGCUUCUCAGCUUGCUCAACAGGAGGAGUUCAAUUUGAAGAAACCAGCUUCCUAUCAUUAUGACCUCCUUCUUUUGGGAGUUUUGGUCAUAAUAUGUGGACUACUUGGCAUCCCACCUUCAAAUGGUGUUAUCCCACAGUCUCCAAUGCAUACUAAGAGUCUGGCUACCCUGAAACAGCAGCUUUUGAGGAACAAGCUCGUGUCAACAGCUCGGGAAAGCAUCCGGAAAAACUCAAACCUCGGUCAGUUAUAUCAGAACAUGCAGGAGGCAUACAAUGGGAUGCAGACUCCAUUGGUCUAUCAACAACCAUCUGGCCUGGGAUUGAAAGAGCUGAAAGAAUCCACCAUCCAAUUGUCUUCAAGCACUGGCUACAUUGAUGCUCCAGUUGACGAGACUGUCUUUGAUGUUAACAAAGAUGUUGAUGAUCUCUUGCCCGUCGAGGUCAAGGAACAACGCCUGAGCAACUUGCUUCAAGCUCUAAUGGUUGGCACAUGUGUUGCUGCCAUGCCUCUCCUUAAAAAGAUCCCAACUUCAGUCCUUUGGGGAUACUUUGCUUUUAUGGCCAUCGAGAGCUUGCCUGGAAACCAAUUCUGGGAGAGAAUCUUGUUGCUCUUCACUGCUCCCAGCCGUAGAUACAAGGUGCUGGAGGACAGUCAUGCAACCUUCAUCGAAACAGUGCCGUUCAAGACAAUUGCUGGGUUCACCUUGUUCCAGACAGCCUAUCUACUUGUAUGCUUUGGGUUGACGUGGAUCCCCAUUGCUGGAGUCCUUUUCCCACUCCUCAUCAUGCUUUUAGUCCCUGUGCGUCAGUAUCUACUGCCCAAGUUCUUCAAAGGAGCCCACCUCCAGGAUUUGGAUGCUGCUGACUAUGAAGAAGCUCCUGCCGUCUCCUACAACAUGGCAUUUGAGGAACAACAUGGUCAAACUAGAACGCCUGAAAUCGACAGUGGGGAAGUUCUGGAUGAGAUGAUCACAAGGAGUCGAGGUGAGUUCCGACGCACACAGAGUCCCAAGCUGACUAGUUCAACUCCAGGAUCGUUGGAGGAUAUCAAGCCUGCAUUUAGCCCGGGGUUGUCACAGAGACGACACAGCCCACGUGUCGUCGAGCUGAAGUCAGAAUGGAGCCCGAGGCAUGGAGGGAAGGGUGUUGAAGUGAAGAGAACUCCAAGCCCCGGGCCAGGGCCAGGACCAUCUAGCCUUGGUCAGGGCACCCCUGGUUCAUCCGUUUAACUGAUCAAGAGCUCGAGAGGUCUUUUCCUUUCUGUAAUGUGUAUCGACUAAGUUCGGUGUGUGCUUGUUUAUCUAAUUGGUUCCAAGCUUUAAGUUGAAUUCCAUUCCAUGAGUGUCUGUCUUUCAGUGUUGUUGUUAGGUUAUGUCUUAGUUGUAAGUUUGUGGGCAGAGGGCACACAUUCAUGAAUGAAUGGAUGCAUGCAUAUCAUAACAGCUCUGUAUGGAGCAAGUUGGUUACUCUGGGAUUAUGGCACUAACUAGCAAGCAUGGUUUAGAGAGUGGGAAAUCUACUUUAACCAACUUGAGAGAUUCAAAUCUGAUGGGUUUUAGCAAGUGGCUUAUCUUGAUGCUUAGUGGGGAACAAGCAAACAAGCAAUUCAUUCAUUAAAGAGGUUUAGGCUCC